GGAAUGAUUUCGAAUAAUUUUUUAAAUCGUAAUUCGAUAACCGAUCGAUAGAAUGGAUUGGAAUUUUGGACUAAUCUUUUUAUUACUUGGAUUUUGUUUCGAUUUGCAGAAUGUUUUUGGUUGCCAAUUCUUUCCUCCAGGAGAAUACUUAAGAUUUGUAAGAGUUCCUGAAAAUUUCCGCGUAGGCGAAGAAAUCCUUAUCAUAGAUGUCUUCCCAAGAAAUAAACUCACCUUAAAAUCCAUCGACAAGGAUGGCGACGCCGAUUUCUUCACCUACAGAGAUCUCAAUCGAACAACCGUUUCCUUACUAUUAGCAAGAUCAUUAGACGACCUUGUAGAUAGAGACAAUCCGCGAAACGUACUCAAAUUCAAGAUCUUAUGCGAUUACAACACCAAUAAUGACGAUGUCGUUUCUUCAUCUUUAGCAGUGACAGUUUACGUGGAAGACGUAAACGAUCAUUCCCCCGUUUUUGAAAAGGCACCUUAUCAAUUAACGAUCGAAGAAUUAACUCCGGUUGGUUUGACUAUAUUCAGAGGAAUUCAUGCAACGGAUCGUGAUAAAUCGAACACGCCUAAUUCGGACGUACAAUACUCGAUAACCGGCGGUAACGAAAAAGGUAAAUUCGGACUUGAUGCUCACGAAGCUUUCUUGAUUUUAAAAAAACAACUUGAUUUUGAUAACGGAGAUCGCGAUUUCGUUCUAACGAUAACCGCCUCUGAUCGGGGAAUCCCCCAAUUAAGCUCGAACGCAACUAUAAAAAUUGUAGUUCAAGAUAGUGAUGAUUUACCGCCGAAAUUUACAAAAGGUGUGUAUCGGACAAAAAUUUCCGAAAACUAUCCUUUAACGGGUGAAAAACUUCAUAGUCGCCUUCAAUUUACGCCACCAAUUUUCGCAUUUGAUCAAGAUGUUGGAAUUGACACCCCAAUUCGUUACGAUAUUUUAGCCGGAAAUGAAAGACAUCUUUUUUAUUUGGAUCAUGUGAAUGGGUCGCUUUUUUUAGAUCGCGAAAUUGAUUUAGACGCGGAAAGAUCGUUACCCGGAAACACGUUUGUGCUCCAGAUUCAAGCAUCUCAAAUUGAUAAUCCUUUAAAAACAGGGGUUGCGCGGGUUGAAGUUGAAAUUUUAGAUAUCAACGAUAAUUUGCCUGAAUUUGAGGUCGACGUUUAUAAUAUAAGUAUUGUUGAAAAUCUCCCAAAUGGAUUUAGCGUCUUACAAAUCAUCGCAAAUGAUCAAGAUCAAGGUGAUAACGGCGAAUUUACUUAUCAAUUGGAUGAUAAAACUAAAGCUUUUACUUUGGAUUCAAGAAGUGGGUGGUUAACUGUAAGAGAUCAAACCGUUUUAGAUCGCGAAAAACGUUCCGUAAUUAAAAUGCGCGUUUUUGCAAAAGAAAAGGUGCCGAGUGUAAUUCCGAAUUCAUCAUCUCCAUCCUCAGUUUUAGUUGAAAUAACGUUAUUAGACGCGAACGAUAAUAACCCGACGUUUAUCCCUAAUAACAUUUACGAAUUCAACGUCACUAACGAUGCCAAAAUCGGCGAUAAUGUUGGGCAAAUCCACGCAAUCGAUCCCGAUUUAGGACGAAAUGGAAUGGUGAUAUAUUCGAUUCAAAAAGGGACCACUUCCGGUGGAAAUCACAGCUUAAUUCCUUUUAAAAUUGAUUCAAAAACCGGACGAUUAACAAUUAAUGGAAAUUUGUUCGUAGGGCGCCAUCUAGUUUUCGUCGAAGCAGCUGAUCAACCGAUUAAUUUAAGCGAAAAAAGAGUUUCAUUAGCUGUUGUAACAAUAGAUGUCAUUUCGAAAAUCAAUUUUGAUGGUAUUCCUGAAUUUAUCGGCGCCCCUUAUGAAUUUUGGGUCGGCUCAAACGUAGGAAUUGGAACGAGUGUCGGUCAAAUCCGCAUGAACGAUGACGGCGACACACGAAAAUCUAAAUUAUAUGAUUUAAGCCAUAGUUAUCACGAAGGAGUCCCAUUUGCGAUCGAAGAACGAUCGGGAACGAUCGCCGUCGUUAAAGAAAUUUUAAAUUUCGACCGGAUUUUAUACGAAUUCGAAGCCAUCGUUUUAGAUGAAAACAAUAAUCACACAUCAACCACGGAUGUCACAAUCCACGUCGUUGAUUUUGACGACGACAUUUUCUUAAAAACAACAGCAUCCACACCAAUCGAAUUCCACAUAAAAGAAAACCAACCUAAAAAAAUAAUCGGAACGAUAUUAAAAAAUUCAACACUAAAAGAUUUAAAAUUCACAAUUGCAAAUCAACGCGAUUUCAAAGAUAAAAUAUCAAUCGCAUCAAACGGAACUUUGUUCAGCUUAAAACCUUUAGAUCGCGAAGAAACCUCCGUUUAUCGAUUAACGAUAAUCGGGGAAUACACAAAAAAGGGAAACUCAAUAAAAACCGGUGUUUUUCAAGUAAACAUUUUCAUCGACGAUUUAAACGAUAACCCCCCAAAAUUCGAACGAGAUUUCUACGAAGGUCGAAUUAAAGAAAACAGCAUCAGCGGAACCGAAGUGGAAUUAAAUCGGUUAAUUCACGUCAAAGACAUCGAUCAAGAUGAAAAUGGGGAAUUUACGGUGCGUUUAACCGGAAAUGGAUCGGAAAUGUUUCGUUUCGAUAAAAACUCGGGUCGAAUUUUUUUCAACUCCGGUUUUAAUAUACUCGAUAGAGAAGAAAUCGAUGUUUAUCAUUUAAAAGUUUUGGCCGAAGACAAAGGAGGUUUAAAAAAUGAGGUUGAUUUAAACAUUUUUAUCGAUGAUGUUAACGAUAACGCACCAGAGUUUGAUUUAAUUUAUAUCGGGUUAAAUAAAGGGGUACAAAUUAUUGAAUACGAUAAAAACGGGGCUAAAGUUAUUAAUCUAGAGAAUAACAUGGAAAAGAUUGAUGGAAUCUUCCCAUUAAUCUUCAACAAAAUUAAAAAUAAAAAAGAAAAAACUUCCCCGAUUUUAAGUCUACCCGAAGACACACCAAUAGGAUCAAUCAUUUUAAAAUUAAUAGCACACGAUAAAGAUUUUGGCGAAAACGCCUUAAUUAAAUACGAAUUAAUUUCGGAAACAUACAUUCCCAAAUAUGAUAAUAUUAACUUCCACUUUAACCAAUUUUUCAUGGUAAACCCAUCAAACGGAGAAGUGUUAAUCUCAAGAAAUCUCCCAGCAGAAUCCGAAUUUCGCCUCAACAUCUCCGCAACGGAUAAAAAUGAUCUAAAAGACCACGUCGUUGUUAGAAUAUUUAUAAAAGACGUUAACGAUCAUCAACCAGUUUUUAAAAAAUCAUCUUAUAGCUUCGAUGUUGAAGAAACGAACAUUUCGGGGAAAAUUUUAGGAAAAAUUGAAGCAAUCGAUGGUGAUUUUGGCCAAAACUCCAAUAUUUCUUACACUUUAAUUGAUUUAAAAAAUAAUUAUUUACCGUUUAAAAUAUCGAAAUAUGAAGGAAUCUUAAAAGUGAAUGAUUCUUUAGAUCGUGAGAAACAAGAUAAAUACUCAUUUUAUGUCCAAGCUAAAGAUAACCCACAAAAUGGAAAAUUUUUAUCAACUUUAGUCAACGUUGUAGUUAAUGUUUUAGACAUAAACGAUAAUAAGCCAAUUUUUUAUGGUUACGACGAUCUUAAAUCAACAACCCCGAUUUAUUUAACAACAAUUUCUGAAAAUACUCCAAUUGGAACUCCGAUUACUAAAGUUUUCGCAAACGAUUCUGAUUUUACCGGAAACGGAAAUGGGUUAAUCCUUUUCGAUAUUCCAUAUUCAACAAAAAAUUCAAAUUUAUUCACAAUCGACUCUAAAGAAGGAAUUGUAACAACGAUAGGGAAAUUAAAUUACGACCAAAAUCAUCGACAUAACUUAUCAAUAAUCGCUUCCGAUUUAGGAUCGCCAAGUUUAAGCUCAACGGCAUUACUCUCAAUUAAUAUCUUAAAAUCAGAAAUCAAAAAAACCAAUGAAACUAUUCAAAAGCCAAUUUUUGAUCACCGUUAUUACGAAGUUGAAGUUGAAGAGAACGUUCCAGUUCCUUUAAAAUUAUUAACAUUAAAUGUAACGGAACAUUACAAAAAUUAUCGAUUAAGAUUCACCAUCGUAGACGAUAACACAAACAAAAGAAUUUUUAAAAUUGAUCCACGAAAUGGCUCUUUAUACAUAAUUGAAAGCCCCGAUCGAGAAAAAAUCGACCGAUACGUUUUAAAAAUAAAAUUGGAUCAAUACAAAAUCGGAAGAGAUAUGACUGUAAUGGUUUAUCCGGUUACAAACGAAAAGUUAAACGAUAUUGGAUUCAACGAGGUUAAAGUUGUUGUUAGGGUUACUGAUUUAAAUGAUAAUGCACCAAGAUUUACAAUAACUGGACGACCGAUUGUCGCAGCAAUUCCGGCAAGUGCUAAUUAUGGAUAUCAAACAUUAAAAUUGCAGGCAAAAGAUCCCGAUUUAGGUAUAAAUGGUGAAAUUCGCUAUCAAAUCAUAGGUCGCGCGGAUGAGGCUACAAAACGUUUUUCAAUCGAUCCUGUAAGCGGCCAAGUACGAGCAAUUUCAAAUUUCGUUAAAGAUGCUGGAAAAGUUUAUGGAUUUGAUGUAAAAGCGACCGAUAAAAAAGGAGCGGACGAUGGAAAAUCGUCCAUUGCCAACGUUUUUGUAUACGUUUUGGAUGAACAAAAACAACUUAUUAUGAUAAUGGGAUCGGAACCUGCCAAAGUUGAGAAUGGGAUGGAAAAUAUUACUUUGGCACUUUACAACACCACUGGAUUUGAUAUUCGCGUCCGGAAACUCGAACCUCAUUCAGAUCGGAAACAAAUUGAUGCCACAGCCACGGAUAUGUAUUUAUAUGCCGUCGAUCCUUUACUUAACGUCAUCGUCGAUACGGAUGUUUUACAAAAAGUUCUACAACAAAAACAAGAAGAAAUCGAAUCAAAUCUAAAUCAAUACAAGCUUUUAGGAUUAUCAUCGGGUUCACCAGAACACAGCUUAAAUAAAAGCCAAAAAAUAUUGUUAACAUCAAUGGAAAUAGGAAUAAUAAUUUUAGCUUGUUUGGUGUUUGUGGGUGCUUUAGGAACAGCUAUAGGCAUAUUGUGUUUGAGAAGGAGGAAACGCAGAUCACUUCAAAAAAGAUACGGUCAACAAUUAGGUUAUACUUUUACAUCAACCCUCGGAAAACCAACAUUAUUUCCUUCAACUUAUGAUGGCACCGGGAUUCAUUACGGCGAAUCCGUAGCUUCCGGCCCGAUUCAUCAACGUGGUACCUCAGCGAUAGGUUAUCGCCACCACCACCAUGAUGUUACAUGCCCAAGAUACUUAAUAAAUAACAAACGAGUUUUAAGAGGGGAAAAUCACCGAAAUAGUCUUGCCGGUUUGGAAACUUCGAUUACUUCGCUACAUUCAAGCGGGCACGAUUCUGGAAUUGUGGAUAAUGUCGCUGUUUUAUGUCAAUGCGGUGGCGGUCAAUCCAGUAAUGGUCAAACUUCAGAAGAAGAUAGUAGUAAUAGUUAUGAAGAUUCUUUGAAAUCGAUUCCCAUGAAGAAACGGGAUGAUCGUAAAAGAGAAAGUGAGAAUCGGGGAUUUUCGGAAGAAUAUCUUCAUCGACCUUCGUUCGUGCACAAAAGAGCUGGGAAUAACAAUACAAGUUUGAUGAUUGCUGGGGGAAGAAGAUCGAGCGAACGAUUAAUGAUUGCUUAAUUAAUUUAAUAAAAUAAAAAAAUAGAUGAUUUGAAAGUUACCAAUAAACUAAUAAUUAAGACUU